UUCUACAAUUUUUAAAUGGGAAAAUUGAAUUCUAUGUUUGUACAAAUGGGUGCCUUUCCUGUUGUUAUAAAGAAUGGAUCUUUAACUAGUUAUGAAAUUUCAAGAUUUCAUGUUAUGCACACCAACUGUUUGAUGAAAUGCCACUAUUUGAAUUCAUCUUCUACACUAAAAUUUAAGUCUCAAGAUAGAUUGUUGUGUAUUAGGUCUUUAGUUAAUGAAAAUGGAAACAAAGAAAAUCGGUUAGCGAAUAAGGAACCUAAUUCUUUGAGGAAGGGGUUUAGGCUUAGGUUGCAGCCGAGGUUGCGAUUAUUAAGUACAAGAUUGAAAAGGGUGUCGGUUCGUUCGAUGUUAAAUGACCUAGGAAGUUAUUUGAGGAAGAAUAUGAAAAAAGUUACUCUUUCGACUUGUGUUUCUGUUGUGUUGGGGUUGUGUUACUUGUUCUUGAAGUUGACAGCAAUGCCAACUCCUAAAGUUGUUCCGUAUUCAGACUUGAUAACGAGUCUGCAGAGUGGGUCGGUGAUGAAAGUUUUGUUUGAAGAGGGGUCCCGACGGAUAUAUUAUAAUACUGGAUCAUUUCAUGUAGAGAAAGUUCAAAGUUUAGAAGAAGAUAAGAAGGUGGGAAUUAACGAUGAUAAUGACGGAAAUUUGGUUCAGAGUGAUAUAGUGAAGAGCAAUGAUUAUGUGAAGAGUAGUCAGGUUACAAGCCCAAAUGUGUUAAGUAAACUGAAAAAGAAAAAAACUUCGGUGCCUGAAUGGCAGUUUUCAACGAGAAAGAUUGAUCAUGAUGAGAGCUAUCUUCUUGGUUUAAUGAGAGAGAAAGGAACUACGUAUAGUUCAUCUCCACAAUCAAUGUUAAUGUCGAUGAGAAGUACACUGAUUACUAUUCUAUCACUUUGGAUUCCAUUAACUCCAUUGAUGUGGCUUCUCUAUCGCCAGCUUAAUGCUGCUAAUAGCCCUGCAAAGAAGCGACGGCCUAGCAAUCAAGUAGUUAAUUUUGAAGAUGUAGAGGGCGUUGAUACCGCAAAAGUAGAGCUUAUGGAGAUCGUGAUGUGCCUCCAAGGUUCUAUUAACUACAACAAACUUGGAGCAAAGUUACCUAGGGGAGUGCUGCUAGUGGGUCCUCCAGGGACGGGGAAAACAUUAUUAGCCCGUGCAGUGGCUGGAGAAGCCGGAGUACCAUUUUUCACCGUGUCCGCUAGUGAAUUUGUGGAGAUGUUUGUUGGAAGAGGAGCCGCUCGUAUCAGGGAUCUUUUCAAUGUUGCAAGGAAGAAUGCGCCAUCAAUCAUUUUUAUUGAUGAACUUGACGCUGUAGGGGGGAAGCGUGGUAGAAGUUUUAAUGAUGAAAGAGACCAAACACUAAACCAGUUACUGACAGAAAUGGAUGGGUUCGAGUCAGAUGUAAGUGUGAUAGUGAUAGCAGCAACUAAUAGGCCUGAAGCACUGGACCCUGCUCUUUGUCGGCCUGGUCGGUUUUCAAGAAAAGUGUUUGUGGGAGAACCCGAUGAAGUUGGAAGAAGAAAGAUAUUAGCUGUACAUCUCAGAGGCAUCCCUCUUGAAGAAGACAGUGUCAUUAUCUGCAACCUAGUUGCUUCUCUUACUCAUGGUUUCGUAGGUGCUGAUUUGGCCAACAUUGUCAAUGAAGCUGCUUUGCUUGCCGCUAGACGAGGUGGUGAAUGUGUGGCAAGAGAAGAUAUAAUGGAAGCUAUAGAACGGGCUAAGUUUGGGAUAAAUGAUAGACAAAUGAGCCCUUCCAACUUAACCAAGGAAAUCGGAAAGAUGUUCCCAUGGAUGCCCACAUUUAAAUCACGGUACGACUCAAGGAAUGACGGGUCUCCUUCUCUCGGGGGUUACCAAACUCUAAGCUAGUGAGAGCACAUUUCUCGUUCUCAUUUUAGCUUUCUUCUUUGAGACAUGUAUGCUAUGUAAUUGAGGGGGGGUUUUUUUUUGCCAUUUCUAGUAUAUGAUCUCACUUUGACCUUCUGAAGGUCAAACUUUAUUGUUGUUGAGCUACAAAAUAGUCUCCCCACUUUUGAGGAUCUCAUGUUACAUGUGAUGUCUGUAACAACUUCCAUAGUUUGUGUCACCAUCAUUCAUGAACUCAUAUCCCAACGAUAUCAUAUAUAACGUACAUUUUAUGUUUCUUAAA